GAUCCCAGUCCCACCCCAAAUUCGAUCUAGGGUUAGGGUUGAAUAAAUUAAGGACACAAAUUGGAAUUUCGAACAGAGAGAAGAAUGGCGACGACGACAGCGAAUAAUUUAGGGACAGUGACGGCGAAGAGAAAGCCGGUGUUCGUAAAGGUGGAGCAGCUCCAGCCAAACACGAACGGCCACACCCUCACGGUGAAGGUGGUGAGCUCGAAGCCGGUGAAGGUCACCAACAAGAACGGCGGUCGAUCAUCUUUGUCGUCUCGGCCUAUUCAGCCCGCUCGCAUCGCUGAGUGCCUCGUUGGCGACGAGACGGGGACCAUUCUCUUCACCGCUCGCAAUGACCAAGUUGACACAAUGAAGCCAGACACAACUGUGAACCUGCGUAAUGCAAAGAUUGACAUGUUCAAGGGGACCAUGAGGCUAGCAGUCGACAAAUGGGGACGUGUUGAAGUCACCGAACCAGCUACCUUCCAAGUUAAAGAGGAUAACAAUCUUUCUCUCAUUGAGUACGAGUUGGUUAACGUUGAAGAGUGAAUGAUGAGUAUAUUGCGGGAGUGGAUGCUGAUGAGGUUUCUAGUAAGAGGUUAGUUAGAUAUGUAUGUGUGCCUAACCAUUAAUGUAAGCGAGAUGCAACUUGUUGAUGUGCCUGUCUUUCUGUCUCUGGUCUUGCGAUUGCCGUGCUUUUUGUUUUAGAGGAGUGAGUCUGGGUGGUGAUGUAAUAUGACUAGGGCAUGAUUUGGAAGUUUUAAACGGUCUCUUUUGUUGUUGGAAUUCGAAUCUGGAAACAACUCCGCUAGUUGUAUUUGAUAAAUCAUGCAUUGUGUA